AUGCUUCAAACAAUGGAUAUGAUCAGUCUUCCUGCUCUGGACAAUAAUAGUGCCGUUGAAGCUAUCCUGACAUGCGAACGAUGCUUAAAGUCCUACCGGCGACGCGAUCUGCUAAUGCGCCAUCGUAGGCGCUGUCAAGGCCCCAAGAAAGUGGUAAACCGCCGCAAAGCUUGCGACGCUUGCGUUCAAGCAAAGGCGAAAUGCUGCUACACUCAACCUACCUGCUCACGCUGUUCCAAGAGAGGAACGCCGUGUAUAUAUGCCACAGCUCCAGCAGCAUCGACGUCAGACCACUCUGAGCAAAGAAGCGAGGCGGCAGAUAUACUCAAUCCAAAUCUUCAAUCGUCUUCUUCCAGGACGGGAUCUUUGACACCUUCGAGCCAGCCAUUUGACCUCGAACUUGGCACUUGGGACUUUUCGCCCUCGUCAUACCCUCUAGAGGCUUUCGAUAUGACCUUGGCCGAUUUACCAAAUUCAUCACUAAUGCCACGGCAAAAUGCCACAGAAACAGGGCUAUCCGUCCAUGGAAGUCCUGAGUUCUCCUCGUCCAGUCAGGCUCUCUCUCAGUCACCUAUGCCAAUGAGAAUUCCAGUUCCAACACCACUUGUGUCAUCUUCCAGCAAUAGCACGAGAUCAUCUGCAAAAUCUCCAUCAUCCUCGGCUGUCUUCGGUGCAGUGCAUAUACUGAGCGAAUAUGCCUCCCUUCUAACCAAGGACGACUUCUCUUCUCCCAUCCUCCAUCAGUCACUCUACUCGCAAUACAGCAGCGCAAACCCUGACAUGACGAUUCUCCCUCUCACCUCCAUGGCAAUCUGCUGCGCCAGCAGUAUCAGCCUCUCGUCCGAAAAGGGAUUUUUCCGACGUGCCAUGGAUGCUGCUCGAGAGAGACUGAUUGGCAGUUUUCCUUCCUACCAAUGCAUGCAGCAGUGGGACGCAUUGCAUUCGAUGCUGAUUUUUGUGCUCUUGGAUAUGAGGGAAAUUAUUGGUGAUGAGUCGGAAGGAUGGAAAUUGACCCCACCGGUGAAAGGGCUGGGUUCACCUUUUCUUCUCAAAAUGACGGAGAGCUAUCUUCGGUCAUAUCCAGAAAUUCGCAAUCACGAUAUCAACGUCUUCUCAGAUCCGAUUUCAAGUCCAUGUUCCGCAGCAACCUCACAAUGGGCCCGUUGGAGAAUCACUGAGACAGCAAGGAGAACAUUCUUCUUCACCAACAUGGUCAAUUUCUACAGUAAUCUUGAUCACAAGACGGGAAAGCUGUCGCCAUAUUACGAAGCGCUUAAUGAUGAUCUCAUACUCAACAUGCCUCUGCCUUGUAAUCAUGCCGCGUGGUUAGCGCGUGACGAGAAACGUUGGAGCUUUGCAAUGAAGAGUCACUCACCGGACUUCAACCACGCUGGAAAUGGCGUUUUAUCCUCAGAAUCAUGCCUGAAUAGCGUUCUUUCCAAGUUCAGCAAAGAAGAUCUCCAAGCUGAGAUUGGUAGUCAGAUUGGCUUCGGCGAUUCUGACGACUUACGGCGCUUUAUUAUUCUUUCUGCUAGCAAGCAAUUUACUUGA